GCCCCUCUGCCGAGCUCUGCUUCAGAAUCUGAAUGGGGGACGUGGGGAUGCAGGGCCCGGGCGGGAGGCCCCGGGGGCGAGGCUGCCUCCUGCUGGCCGUGGCGGGUGCCACUGCACUGCUGACCCUGCUGCUGGCAGUGCCCAUCACCGUCUUGGCGGUGCUGGCCUUGAUGCCUCAGGAGCGGGGAGGACAGGUGACAGAGCCCCCUGGCCCAGGAGCACAGGCCCAGGAAGGACUGGCUCCAGGGUUCCAGGAGCAGCGGGAGGAGCUGCCAGACAGAGACCUCGGCUCCAUGCUCCCGGCUGCCCACCUCAUAGGCGCCUGGACGCAGGGGCUCGGCCUCGGCUGGGAGGCGCACAAGGAGGAGGCGUUCCUGCGCAGCGGGGCGCAGUUCUCGGGCGCGCGCGGGCUGGCGCUGCCGCGGGACGGGCUCUACUUCCUCUACUGCCACGUGGGCUUCCGCGGCCGCGCCCGCCCCGAGCCCGGGCCCGCCGCCCAGCUCACGCUGCGCUCCGUCCUGCUGCGCGCGGGCGGCGCCUACGGGCCCGGCGCGGCCGAGCCGCUGCUGGAGGGCGCCGAGACGGUGAAGCCGGCAGCCGGCCGCGCUCCUGGGCACUCGGCCGCGCCGCUCUGGUUCACCAGCGUGGGCUUCGGCGGCCUGGCGCAGCUGCGGCGCGGCGAGAGGGUGUUCGUGAACAUCAGCCACCCCGACCUGGUGGACUACCGGCGGGGCAAGACCUUCUUCGGGGCCGUGAUGCUGCGCUGAGGCCCCCGCUGAGGGUCUGGAGGCGGCCUUCAAGCCUGAUGCAAAUAAAGACUAGAGUGGU